ACUUCCGGCAAGCGUUGCUCUGUGGGAGGCGUUCCGGGUGGUCCACCCCCGAGAAGCGUUCACAGCGUCCGGGCCGAGGCGAGGCGGGUCUCGGCCCCUCGCAGGUCUCCAAGUCAGAAUUUCCCCCUGCGCCAGCGCAGCCUCAAAGUCUUUAAGAAAUAGAAAUGGCUUCCAAAAGAGCUCUGGUCAUCCUGGCUAAAGGAGCAGAGGAGAUGGAGACAGUGAUUCCUGUGGAUGUCAUGCGGCGAGCUGGGAUUAAAGUCACUGUUGCAGGCUUGGCUGGGAAGGACCCUGUGCAGUGUAGCCGUGAUGUAAUGAUUUGUCCAGAUACCAGUCUGGAAGAUGCAAAAACGCAGGGACCAUACGAUGUGGUGGUUCUUCCAGGAGGAAAUCUGGGUGCACAGAAUUUGUCUGAGUCGCCUGUGGUGAAGGAGAUCCUCAAGGAGCAGGAGAGCAGGAAGGGCCUCAUAGCUGCCAUCUGUGCGGGUCCUACGGCUCUGUUGGCUCACGAAGUGGGUUUUGGAUGCAAGGUCACAACACACCCCCUGGCUAAGGACAAAAUGAUGAAUGGCAGUCACUACAGCUACUCAGAGAGCCGCGUGGAGAAGGACGGCCUGAUCCUCACCAGCCGCGGGCCGGGGACCAGCUUUGAGUUUGCGCUGGCCAUUGUGGAGGCACUCGUGGGGAAGGACAUGGCCAACCAAGUGAAGGCACCGCUUGUUCUCAAAGAAUAGAGCCCAGGCCCUGGGCCCCACACUUGAGCAGGCAUUGGAAGCCCACUGGCGUGUCCAGAGCCCAGGGAACCUCAGGAGUAGUAUGUGAAGCAGCCGCCACGCGGGGCUCUCACCCCAGGUCUGUACGUUUCUGAACCUUGCUAGUAAAAUAAACAGUUUACCAAGCUCCUGACAGCUA